UACUGAGGGUUUCAGCAAGUAUUGAGCAAAGGGAACAAGAGAGAGCUAAGCAGCCAGCACUAAAAUGUUCAUCAGUCAGUAAAAGCCUCCAAGAAGGCUAACAGAAGUGAGAAGCAUGGCGACGGUACACCGUGAAGCUCCAGAAACAUGUCCUGCAUCGAGUGUCUAAUGAAAAGUGAAGCUGAGAGAAGGCUGCAGCUGAGCUGCGUUCAACACAGCAGAUAUGUCUCAGACGAUCGAGCAAAAGAGGAAAAGGAGACGACACUUGUUUUCAUGAGGCCCACACAGUUCCUCAUUUCGGUCAUUUACGUCUGCUGUUGGAAAUGUGUCAGCUGUCAGGAGAAGCGACCACUUUCUGCCGAGGGUAAAGCGACGUCGACGGAUUUCAGGCCAGUCAUAACUCACUAACGGAUUUUGGCCCUUUAUCAUGGAAGAUGGUGUGAAAGAGCCAAAGUUCCUGGGUCUGGCAGGUUGGGUGAAGAAGGCUCCUGGCAGACUGUUGGCAAGCUAUAAGGACCGCUAUAUUCAUUUGGAAAAGACAGAGAUUGUAGUGUAUGAAAAUGAGGACCUCCAGAAGUGCGUAGAGAGAAUUGACCUGGAAAACUAUGACAGAUGUCAUGAACUAAAGAGCCCAUUCAAGAAGAGGCACAGACUGAUAUUGAUUCGAUCAAUCAAGUCUAGAAAUAAGGUCACUGAUGUUAAGUUCCAGGCUCAGACAGCAGAAGAGAAGGAAGCUUGGAUCAAAGCCUUUUCUGAAGGCAUCAAUCGAGCAAAGAACAAAGUCUUUGAUGAGGUGAAGGUUGAUGAAAGCAGUAAUUUAGACCAUGUUACUCGAACAAGGCCUAAAGGGAACCGUAACCGGCGGCCACCAACAAGGAUACACAUGAAAGAGGUAGCUGAUGUGUCGUCUGAUGGUAUCCUACGUUUGGAUCUUGAUCUGGAGGAUGCUGUAAUGCCUAGUGGGACCCAUCAUGCCAAUACUGAUACCCCUAAAGAAGCCAUCACAGUCCUAAUGCCGUUUUUGAAUGUAACUGACGCUGAAGACAAACAGCCCAGGUCAAGUGCUGAGGAGAUUAAACCAGAGGAUAGUCCCAAGAAAAACAUAAUCAAGCCUCCAAUGCCCCCUACCAAAGAGACUAAACUCAUUUCAGUACCCGAGGAUGAACCUGAUAAGGAUGAUGCCUCAGAGAAAAGGGUCCUGAAGCCGCCUAUGCCUCCAUCUAAAGAGGCAAAGUCCUUUAUCACACCUAUUGAAGAGGCUACAGAGGAGGGCAAUGCUGAGAAGAUGUCUGAAAAGAGUCCUGAUGCCAGGAAAAAAACAGGUGCACCACCAACCCCACCCAACAAACCCAGUUCCGGAAGCCCCUUUAGCAGCCUCAAAGAACCAUCACAAUCCAGACUAAACCCCCACCCUCCUACCCCCCCAUCAAAAGAGAAGAAACCCUCCCAAGCUGCUCCAGACCAAGAGGUUCAAGGCAAAGCAGAUGAGAAUAAGAAUAAGGAUGAUGACAAUAGGAAGGAGACAACAGGAACAGCAGUAGAAACAGAUGAGGAUGGUCAUUCAAUUUUCAAAGAAGCUCUGGAGAACAUAAAAGGUGAUGUAAGUCCCAGCACAGAAGAACAGGUUUCUGAAGAAGCAUCAAGGGAGUAUGUAAGCAGUCAUUCUCCUCUUAUAACCACCAAGAAAAAGCCAGAGGAACCUGCUCAGUCUGACACACAACAUUCAGAAGAGAAGUCAACUAUAAGUCAGCCAAAUGAGAGAGAGGACCAUACUGCUUCACUGCAAACAGCCCCAGAUAGCUUCGACAGUUCUCUUCAAGCAGAAGAACGCAUAAACAAGUAUCAAGUCCCCUCAAAUGAACCACCCACUGACAGCUUUAACUUGAGUCCACUGCUCUGUCACUUACCUGGGGAGAAGAAAAGGAAGGCAGAGGAAAAAUCUGUUGACAGCGGUCAGCACUCAGACAAUGACAGUGAAGGCUCUGGGAGUGAAGACACACUGGCGGCUUCCACAGCUUCGUUGCGAGGGAGCCAUGCUGGACUGGAUGUGUUAGAUGCCAGGGAGGAUAGCAUUCAGAUAUCUGGACAACAUUCAUACAACAUACAGGAUAUAACCAAGCCUCAAGUUAAAUCAAAGGUCUUUCCCUUUCCACACUCAAAGCCCACAAUUCCUCUCAAACCCUCCACCAAGGUCAGGUCAGCUUCCAUUGGAGAUCUGCUGUCAGACUCUUCAGUCUGUAUUCCGGUGAGACCGCAUACCAUAGCUUUGGCUCAACGUAACUCGUCUCCUACAGAUGAUGUCAUGAAACUUGAGACUGAAGUGGCUCUGGAAAUGGAAAAGACGGAUGAGCUCCUGAGCAGAAUGUCCCAGUUCCAGAACAAAGGUGACAGUGAGGGCAAGCCAGAGAAUCUGCUGGCCGAGGCCAUGGAGAAAUUAAGGAAAGCUGACCAUGUCCUCAGGGAGGUUAAAAAGCUGAAACUCGCGAAGAACUCCAUCUACAGAAAGAGCUGGUGAAUGACAGUCAUAGCAGAUUGACAGGGAAUUGACCAUUUGCUAAACCCCUCACCUGGAUAGUUAUUGUUUCUCUUGUAGCCUAGCAAAUUAAAAUAGGCACAGCAGCCCUGCUAAGUUUUGAAUCUCUUCACCUAUAGUUUUUAAUCUGGAAAGGCUAAGAAAAACAAACAGAAAAACAUGAGAUGGGUGCGAGGAACAGAUUUAACAGUGUCUGGUCUAAUUUUAAGCUUCAAUAAUCAGCAUGUACAGCUAACUAGGUUACUAACGACUGUAGUGGAAUGUUACUUCCAAAUCCAAGUAGUCUGACAUCAUUUUGUGUGUUUACAGGUUUAAAAAGGUCCUGUUCAUGACUAACUCAUUCACUUUGUAUUAUUUCCCAGGGGUGUGGAGGUUAGUCUGGAGCUCUGUCCCUCAAUUUAUCAAAUUUGGGAAAUGUAUCACUCCCACAUCCCCUGCUAAUUUCACCUGAGAUAGUAUUAAAUUUGUCCAAAUCCAUCCUAAAAGCCUGUCCCUUGUAAGCAACGGAGCCGGCCCUAGCCCCACCGUCUCGGUACCGAUCUAAUGGCUAUGCUUGAGGAUAGUGCUUUGGUUGUUACGGCUAUAAUGAAUCCAGAAUGACAGCGGCUCUUAUCACCACAAACUCUCUUGACGUAUUUGUGUGUGUAAUCUACCUAUAUGGCACCGCUUUUUCAUCCUGAGAUGUUUAUUUUCUUUUAGUUUUUUCAUUUUUGCGUCUGUUGUGUGUUAGAAGCAUCAUCAAACCCUCCGACGAUCGUGGUCGAUCCAGCAGGGGAUCUCCUGCUGUGCCCUCACAUCGGAUUCUGCAGACUUUCUGUGGAAUUUAUACUUGGGGGCCAGGCAGACAAAGUAUAUAGAAAGUGGAUUCACACAUACUGCUCUUCCAGAUAAAACGAUCUCCGGAGUUCAGUGUAUCUGCAAGUUACAGAUUCAAAAUUGCUCAGGAAUUCUAAAAACUAAAUUUGACACUGUUAUCACUGUAAAUUGCAUAUGUUCUAUGUGAGUGGCAAGACUGACUUUAGGAAUGUUAGCUAGAUGGCUCAGGGCUUAGUAAAUGGUUAAUUAAUGGACUUUUUUUUAUGGCUCUUUUAAUGGUCAUGGCACAUGCAACAGUUUGCUCAUUAUUAACUAAGUGCAAUUAUUUCUAGCUUAACUUUCUCUGCAGCUGAGUGAAGUGCUUAAUUUUCGACUAUUGUUUCUUUUUUCUAUGUGAAAUAUCAGACAUUUACAAUAAUACUUACUUGAAAGCUAACAUGAUAAUUUUUAACAUAACAGUAACUACAUUUAGAACUAAAAAGUACUAAAACAUGUUAAAACCAAAUUACAAAACUGUUGAUACUUAGGGUUAGGGUUAUAUAGGGAAUUUAUACUGUACAUAUUUUCACUACAGCACAUGCUGUUUGUUGAGAAAGAAAUGUACCAACAAAACCCUAUUUUAUUUUUUUAAUUCUAUUUUUCGAUGUAUCUUUUCAUUCUAAUGACAUGAUUACGGCAAUGAUUUUUAUCAAAGCACUGCAUUCUACAUAGAUUACAGUCUCUUUUCAUGAUUUUUUCAUGCUGAUAUUGUACAUAAUACAGAACAAAGAGCUUGUAGCAGGCAUUUUGCCCAUUGAUAAUCUCUCUUACUAUUCAAUUUUACAAAAAUUUGUUUUGAUAAAAAUAUCUGCUUAUCAGAUAUGUUUCUCACAGCUGAGAAAUUUCCCUCUUUUUUGUCCAGUGCUUUGUUAAGACAUAAUGGUCGUUUUAACCCUUUUUAAAAUAAUGCCAUGCCAUUUAGGGCAUGUAAGAAUAUUUUUUAAUGUUUGAUAUCAUUUUGUACUCUUGGAUAAAAAUUUCUGUCUCCUAAAUAAAGAAAGGGAAACUA